GUGAGAUAAACCUACCUCAAUUUGAUUUUGAUACCUAAGACGUAAAAUUACCAUAAUAAUUAUGGUAGGUAAUCAAUAUUGGUGUUGAAAUAUGAUCUUCAUCAUUUUGAUCUUAAAAAUACAACGAUCUAGUUGUAUCUAUAAGAAUUUUCAAGACGUGUUCAAUUGAAUAAUUUUUAGGUAUCAAUUCAACUUAUUUAUGUUUGAAAAAAAUAUCAAACUUUUACAAAAAUUUUGACACUUAAUCAGUAUAUCGAUGAGAUUUUUAGUGAUAUUUUGUCUAUUUUAUGUCGUAUAUUCGAAGUCUGCGAAGAAUCUUCCAACAUUUUGCCUACCUGGUGAAGAAAACAGACAUGUCGGUGGACAGAGCUACAAAUAUUCACCGAUGAGACAAGAUUUAGUCCCCUGUUCAGUCCACAAUGGCCAAUACUUGUGCAAAGAUAAGCGAAAAUGCAUCGAUUUAUUGGAUACAUGCAACGAUGAAUGCAAUUGCGACGACUGUUCGGAUGAAAGUGACAUGUGUUGGGAAUAUAACGAAGCUCUAUGUCGAACGUGCGAUCAUUUCUGCCUUCCUUCUCCGCAUGGCUCGUUGUGUUUAUGUCACAACUAUACUCGCGACCCCACUGACCCCAGCUUAUUAUGUGAACAACUCAAAGAAUGUGGUGAACAUAAUCAUUGUGAUCAAAAAUGCGUCUUGUAUGAAGGAAUAGACCGAUGCUCGUGCAGAGAAAAUUAUCUAGGGGUGCCCAACACCAAGGGAGAAAAAUGCAUAAGCGAUGUAUCUUACGAAAAUCUUCUUCUGUAUUCUACCAAUAAUGAAAUAAAACUGUUCAAUUUUACCGCCAAUGGGGCAUUUGUGCUCCGGAAAGAUGUCGAGUGUAAAGGUUUGGCCGCAGCUGGUGAUUAUUUUUAUUAUGGUACAGCUGACAAGAACACGGGUUAUGUACAUAAAACAUCGAUGGUUACUGGUGAGACGGAUCUGACCAUUGAGACAUAUUCGCCAAUAAUAUUUUCCAUCGAUGUUGAUUGGAUCACUGGUAACAUAUAUUUCUCAACCGAUCAGUCUCUUGGUGUAUGUUCCAAAGAAGAAGAAUUUUGCGCCGAACUCAAAUCUUUAAUUGUGUCUGAUUCGUGCCAUCUCAGUGUAGCUCCGCGUACAGGGUUUUUAUUUUAUUCAUUAGGAUCUGUACAACACUGGUAUCAACAUUCUCGAAUCAUGAAAGCAUCAAUGGAUGGAUCUAAUGAAAGAGUUUUAUACGGGAGAAAUCUACGUCAUCCGAUAGCGUUGACUGUUGAUGAAUUAUCAGAGAAGGUUUACUGGAUGGAUUCUGAUCUUGGCGAAAUUCAUACCAUACAGUUUAAUGGCAAAAAUUGGAGGUCGUUGUUUGUAGGAUCGCAGGUACAUAUUUUCACCAUAAAUAAAUUCGAAGGCAAUUUGUUUUGGACAGAAGAAAGCAAAAACUACAUUGGAUUAAAUUUUGAAACCGAUACGAAACUCAUCCAUGACAAAAAUGCAACUUCUGUAAAAUAUUUAUAUGCCUUUAACCCUGUUUUACAAAGCAAUAGAUUUUCACAUAUCUCAAAUCCUUGCAAGAAUUCAGGCUGCAAAGGUCUAUGCCUACUUCGACCAUCUUCUUCAAAAGGAUUAAUCGAUUUUACAUGCAUGUGUGAUAACAUGACAUCUUCGAGCAGAAAACACUGGUGUAAUAAUCCUUCAGCUCACGUUAAAUGGCGAUUUGAAACAGAUUUCGAGUAUGAAAUUCGAUCACCACAAUCAGAAGGAAGAUUCAAAUGGUUAAAAGUGAUCUCAUUAGUUAUAAUAUUCAGUUUCCUGAUCGUCUUAGCCAUCUUUUCGAUUUAUUUCAUUUUUCGAAGGAGGGUUUUGUAUAGGUAUUUUGAUAGAGUGGUGAAUUGGAACCGUAAUGGAGAUGCCGAGGAACAGAUGCCUUUGACUGAGUAUAUGGAUACUGAAUUAUAGACAAAUGUGAAGUGAAUAGAUACCUAAGACAUUUUUUGUAAAAAAUAAUUAAAAUAGGCCUAUUAAGUAUAAAUACUAUAAUUCAUAUUUGUUGUUCCUGUACCUAUUCCCUUUUUAUUA